AUGGCUACCCAUCGCAGAGCAGCGCGCUGGACGCGCGAACCAACGACGAGAAUCACCAAAUUACAGCAUUGGACACGGAAUGGUGCCACGGCGCCGCCGCCGACGACAACGACCCUUCCCGAUCGCGUGCCCGUGCCGACCUACGACGCCGAAGUCUACGAGGCUCAUCUCACAAGCUCGGAUUGGAGCAAAGAAGAGACGGAUUAUCUGGUGCAAGUCUAUGGAGAUUGCCAUGGAAAAUGGCCGGUGAUUGCAGAUCACUACGAGUUUGAAGGCGGUAGUCCGCGGUCAAUGGAGGAACUCAAGUCGCGAUUCUACACCUUGUCCGCCUCGUUGCUACAACUGGCGACUCCCAUCACAAGCAUGACAACUACCGACUACAGUCUGUACGAAAUGCUCUCGUCCUUCAACGCCGAGCAAGAAACAUCGCGGAAAAAGCUCGCAGAGGGCCAUCUCUACCGUCGCGCCAACGAAGUCGACGAGGAAACGGUGCUGCUGGGAGAACUACAACGCAUCAUGCUCAAUCAAGCGUCUUUGGACAACCAACGAGAAGAACUGCGGCAACGUCUCGAUCAUCCACGUGCUGCCACGACCGGCUACCAAUACACCACCUCACAAGCCCUCACCACCCUCUGGCAACAACUCCUCGCUCAGGAUCGAGCCAAAAAGCACUCCAAAUUGCGGCCCACCGGCCAUGCAGCGUAUGAUGGUCUGCCUUCUAUGAACAACAGCAACAACACAAACAACAGUAGUGCCGCCCGACCUUCCCAAACCCCUGCCCAACCCACCCUCCCAGACGCCCUCUCCAAAGCAGACCAGCUGCGUUUCGGCGUCACCCUGAACCCCGACAAACCCGGCAGCAGUGUCUCCUUCCUAGGCGACCGCUUCACCAAACCGCGCACCGCAAAAUCUCAACUCCAAACAGACAAACUCGCUGCCAUUCUCUCCAACAUCGGCGUCCACGAUGUCAUCCCCAUGGCCACCCCUCCAGUCGUAGCGGCCUUUGAGCAAAUCAUGGAGAAAGUCCACACACUAAUGGAAUUGAGAAAGACCAAUGAGAAAGAUCUCCAAGAAGUCCGAGUCAGACAAGGCGAGCUUUCUUCAUAG